GUGAUAUGAGACUUUUGUAUCACUCGGUUAUUGCAAGUUGGCGUAAGAAUAAAUUUUAGUGUCCUCUAUGCUGCAAUGGAUAAAGUUGUACGAGGCUUAAAAAGUUCUACAAAAUCCUUAAAUCAAUGUUGUCGAUUGGAGGAGAAAGUUGCCAUUGUAACAGCCUCUUCUCAAGGGAUUGGUUUUGCCGUUGCUCAGCGCUUAGCUCAGGAAGGGGCGAAAGUGAUAAUAUGUAGCAGGAAAGAAGCUAACGUCAACAGCGCAGUAGAUAAACUUAAAACGAAGGGGUAUGAGGUUUCUGGAAUUACUUGUCACGUUGGAGUAGACGAAGACAGGAAAAAACUUCUAAACGAAGCUAUAUCAAAAUAUGGUGGCCUGGAUAUUUUAGUAUUAAACGCAGCUGUAAAUCCAUCGAUAGGUCCAGUGUUAGAGUGCAGCGAAGCUGUUUGGGAUAAAAUAUUUGAAAUAAAUGUGAAAAGCACAUUCUUAAUGAUGAAGGAGUCCUUACCGCUACUUAAAAAAAGCAAAUCACCAUCCAUUAUUAUUAUGUCCUCGAUUGCUGGCUAUCAGCCGUUUGAUAUGCUUGGAGUAUACUCGAUUUCAAAAACAACUUUACUUUCUCUUUGUAAAAUAACUGCUCAGGAAUUAGCGAGAGAUGGAAUUAGAGUAAAUUGUAUCGCACCUGGUGUCAUAAAGACAAAAUUUUCCAAUUUCUUGCACAAUUCAGAAGCAGCGAGUGAAAUGAUAAUCGCUACAAUUCCAAUGCAAAGAUUUGGAAUUCCCGAGGAAAUUGGAUCAGUCGCAGCAUUCUUAGCAAGUAGCGAUGCCUCCUACAUUACGGGAGAAACUAUCGUAGCUGGUGGAGGAAUAAAAUCAAGACUUUAAAAAUGAAGUGAUUUAAUUUUAACGAUAAAAAGAUUUAAUAAUUUAAAAAAGUUUUAUAAAAAAUUAUA